AGAAAGAGAACAUAUUUUGAUGAAUUUUGGGGAUUUUCUUGAUCACAAUUCUUGUGGUGGCGGCGCAAGAGUUGUUGCCAAUUUACCUUACAACACAAAUACUAACAGUCUUAUGUCCGCCGCCGCCGCCAUCUCUCAGCCCAUGUCUGCCGCCGGAAAGCCCAUGUUCAACUCCCCCGGCCUCUCUCUUGCCCUACAAACGGGUAUGGAGGGCGGGCAAGGAGAUCACCAACUGGGUGCAAGAAAUAUCGGGGAAAAUAACACCACCACCAACAAUAAUAAUGGCAAUUACGAGAAUAUUGGUGGUGUGAAUGGCGUGGGGAGGGUUCGAAGCCGGGAUGAGUUGGAGGUGGAGAGCAGAUCUGGUAGUGACAACAUGGACGCCGGCUCCGGCGACGACCACGACGGCUCCGACAAGCCUCCCAGGAAGAAGAGAUACCACCGACACACUCCUCAACAAAUUCAAGAACUCGAAGCUCUGUUCAAGGAAUGCCCUCAUCCCGAUGAGAAGCAGAGGCUGGAGCUCAGCAGAAGGCUUUGCUUGGAAACCAGGCAAGUCAAGUUUUGGUUUCAGAACAGAAGGACUCAGAUGAAGACCCAAAUAGAGCGUCACGAGAACUCCAUCCUCCGGCAAGAAAACGACAAGCUCAGAGCCGAAAACAUGUCCAUAAAGGACGCCAUGCGUAACCCCAUCUGCACCAACUGCGGUGGGCCAGCCAUGAUUGGCGAGAUCUCCCUCGAAGAGCAACACCUCAGAAUCGAGAACGCCCGACUCAAAGACGAGCUCGACCGCGUUUGUGCCCUUGCCGGCAAGUUCUUGGGCCGGCCCAUUUCAUCCCUGGGCCCACCAAUCCCCAGCUCUAGCCUUGAACUGAGCAUGCUCUCCUCCACUCUUCCUUUGGGCCCGGGAUUGGGCCCAUCUGACUUCUUGGGCCCGUUGCCUCCCGUGAUGCCACAUCAUAAUCAGGGGAAGAAUGUGGUGGUGGGUAUGAAUUCGAUUGAACGGUCUUUGGAGAGGCCGAUGUAUUUGGAGCUUGCGUUGGCGGCUAUGGACGAGUUAGUGAAAAUGGCUCAGAAUGACGGGCCCGUUUGGGUCGCGGGCUUGGAAGGGGGAAGGGAUGUUUUGAACCGUGAAGAGUAUUUGAGGAUGUUUAGCCCUUGCAUUGGGAUGAGGCCUAAUGGGUUUGUGAGUGAGGCGUCGAGAGAGACUGGCAUGGUUAUCAUCAACAGUUUGGCUUUGGUUGAGACGUUAAUGGAUUCGAACAAAUGGGCAGAGAUGUUUCCAUGUAUUAUUGCGAGAACCGCAACUACAGAUGUGAUCUCGGACGGUAUGGGAGGAACGAGGAAUGGUGCGCUUCAGCUGAUGCAUGCCGAGUUACAAGUUCUAUCACCGUUGGUUCCCGUUCGAGAGGUCAAUUUUCUCCGGUUUUGCAAGCAGCAUGCGGAGGGCGUUUGGGCUGUGGUUGACGUGUCAAUCGACACCAUCCGUGAAGCUUCGAAUGGUGGGCCCACGUUUCCGAGCUGCCGGAGGCUCCCCUCAGGCUGUGUGGUACAAGAUAUGCCCAACGGCUAUUCCAAGGUCACUUGGGUCGAACACUCCGAAUACGACGAGAGCCAAGUCCACCAUCUCUACCGCUCGUCAAUUGCCGCCGGCCUCGGCUUCGGUGCCCGUCGAUGGGUCGCCACUCUCCAACGCCAGUGCGAGUGCCUCGCCAUUCUCAUGUCCUCCGUCCCUUCCCGGGACCCCUCCGCCAUCACAGCUGGCGGGCGCCGGAGCAUGCUGAAGCUGGCCCAACGCAUGACCAACAACUUCUGCGCGGGAGUUUGUGCCUCGAGCGUUCACGACUGGAACAAGCUGCGAGCUGGAAAUGUAGGCGAGGACGUGCGAGUAAUGACUAGGAAGUCUGUGGACGACCCUGGGGAGCCCCCAGGGGUUGUAUUGAGUGCGGCCACGUCCGUGUGGCUUCCCGUGUCCCCUCAGCGGCUGUUUGACUUUUUAAGGAACGAGCAUUUGAGGAGCGAGUGGGACAUACUCUCCAAUGGCGGGCCCAUGCAGGAGAUGGCCCACAUAGCCAAAGGCCAAGAUCAGGGCAAUUGUGUUUCCCUCCUCCGAGCUGGUGGUGGUGGCAUGGACUCGAACCAGAACAGCAUGCUGAUACUGCAGGAGACGUGCAUAGACUCGUCGGGUUCGCUCGUGGUGUACGCUCCCGUCGACAUCCCGGCAAUGCACGUUGUGAUGAACGGUGGGGACUCUGCCUACGUGGCGCUGCUCCCCUCUGGAUUCUCAAUUGCCCCAGAUGGGCCGCAUGAAGAUGAGCCCAGCAGCGAUGGUGGGCCGCCUCAGGCCCAUAAGCCCAUUGGGUCUCUGUUGACGGUGGCCUUUCAGAUCCUGGUGAACAGCCUGCCUACGGCCAAGCUCACGGUGGAGUCUGUUGAGACCGUCAACAACUUAAUCUCGUGCACUGUCCAGAAGAUCAAAGCCGCCCUUCAGUGUGACGGCUGAUGAUGGGGCCCACCCGGCCUUUGUUUUCUUUUUCUUUUUGGUUGCUAUUUUCUUGUUGGUGGUAAUUUGGGAUAACAUUUAACAUGCGCUAGGGUUCUNUGUAGUGAUUUGAGAAAUUUAUGGUCUAUUUU